AUGCCAAGAUGGGCAGGUGAGUCCCCUCAGUCUUUUAACUACCCAAAACGAAAUGCGAUUGCGUGUCCGUACUCGAGCAUGAAGCCCUUUGUACACCUCCCAGACGAGUGUCAGCAGGCUGAGAGGACAGUGACGGCGGUUCCGCCUUCCACUUGGCCCCCUCCCAGGCUGUGGAUAAAAGGCACUCUGCAGGAACCUCCGAUGGCGCUACAAUGGAUUGCGAGUUCGCUCUGA